UUUCUUUUGACACCACUUACUUGACGAACAGAUAUAGUAUGCCUUUUGCUCCUUUUGUGGGAGUAAACCAUCAUAAUCAGUCUAUUUUAUUGGGUUGUGCAUUGCUUUCUAGAGAAAAUACAAAGACAUUUAUUUGGUUGUUUCAAACAUGGUUAUCAUGUAUGUCAGGAAUUCCUCCCAAGGCCAUAAUUACCGACCAAUGCAAAGCAAUGAAAGGAGAAAUUGCCGAGGUAUUUCCAGAGGCUCAUCAUAGACUAUGCCUAUGACAUAUCAUGCAAAAGCUUCCUGUAAAGCUAAGUGGAUAUAAAGAAUACAAAGAAAUUAAAAGGAGUUUGAAGAACAAAGUGUAUGAUUCCUUACGGGUCGAACAAUUUGAAAAAGAUUGGGAAAAAAAUGAUUGAACAAUAUGGACUUGAGGAUAAUGAGUGGCUUUGUGCAUUAUAUGAAGAUCGACAUCAUUGGGCUCCUGUUUUGGUAAAGGAUAUCUUUUGGGCCGGCAUGUCAACUACUCAAAGAAGUGAGAGUAUGAAUGCUUUCUUUGAUGGAUAUGUGCACCCAAAAACUUCACUCAAACAAUUUAUUUCAAAGUAUGAUGUUGCUUUACAAAGUAAGUUCGAGAAAGAAGCAAAAGCAGAUUUUGAGUCAUUCCAUAAAUUUCCAAAAUUAAUUUCAGAACAUCCUAUAGAGGAGCAGCUAUCCAAAAUUUAUACUAUUGGUAUUUUCAAAAAGUUUCAAGAAGAGCUAAAGGCUUUGGUAUCUUGUACUCUUUCUUUUGUUCAUAUUGAUGGAGAUAUAUCCAAAUUUCAAAUUAAGGAGCGUGUAAAACAGAAAGAUGGUACAAUGACGAAUAAGAUAUUUGAAGUUCAUUAUAAGGGUGGUGAAGUAGACGUUUGGUGCAUUUGCUGAUUGUUUCAAUUUAGAGGUAUUAUGUGCCGUCAUGCUCUAACUGUUUUAAAUUAUAAAGAUGUAAAUGAGAUUCCUAGUAGAUACAUUCUCAACAGUUGGAGAAAAGAUUUCAAGCACUUGUAUUCUUUGGUCCGUUCUAUUUCUAAUGUGAUGCCUACAGGACCAGCUCAACGUUAUAAUUCUAUUCAAAAGAGUUGCAGUAUAUUUGCGGAGAUUGGAGCUUUAUCUGAGGAAAAAUUUCAUCAUGUAAUGAAAAUUUUAAAUGAAGCAAGAAAUCAAGCAAUGGAUGAUUCAACAUUGUCCCAAUCUACGAAAACGAAGGAAAUAGAAAUUGGCGAUCCAGUUCAUGUAAAAAGUAAAGGCCGUCCGGUAGAAAAAAGGAAGAUAUCUACAAUUGAUCAAAAAGUAAAGAAGAAAAAGGUUUCUAAACAAACACGGCUUGAAACGAAAAAUCCUGAUGCACUUGUUGAACAACUUUCAUCAAAUGUGAAGCUAAAUGAAGACAACCAACAAAUAUGCAAUUCGAAUUGGGGAUCAUUUUAUCAACCUAUAUUCAGUAGUCAUCAUGAAAUACCAAGGCCUUAUACUACAGUUUUGCAGGAACAUGUUUAUCCAACUCAGUAUAUUUUUCAUGUCAAUAGCCAAGAACAAGCUAUUCUACCAAACUCAUACGCUUCUCUUCAGGCUACAAACGAGGAUCCCAAACUUUAAAUGAAGUGUCGUCGGUGGAAUCGUGAUUAAGUGGAGCAUGUGCAGAUUUAUUAUAUGUCGUGAUUAAGUGUCGUCAUGU